AUGCCUAUUGCUAAUGGAGACGUCGCCAACGGCACUCCUGUCAGCCGCAAGGUGGAGGUGCUGGACCAUUGCAAGGCCCUGCAAGUCCUCGAAUCCGCCUACGAGUCGCGCGACGGGCUCGAUAUAACGAGUCUUCUCAAUUCGAAAGAGAACGGGGCGUUGACAUACAAUGACUUCCUUGUUUUGCCUGGUUAUAUCGGCUUCGCGGCGUCUGAAGUCGCGCUCGAUUCUCCUGUCACAAAGCGCAUAUCCCUUAAGACCCCUCUCCUCUCAUCGCCUAUGGAUACCGUUACAGAAGAGUCAAUGGCCAUACACAUGGCUCUGCUGGGUGGUUUAGGUGUAAUCCACCACAACUGCUCAGCUGACGAGCAGGCCGACAUGGUCAGGAAAGUCAAGAGAUACGAGAACGGUUUCAUUUCAGACCCGAUCGUCCUCUCUCCGAAGACUACCGUGGGCGAAGCCAAAGAGCUCAAAGAGAAGUGGGGCUUCGGCGGCUUCCCUGUUACAGAGAACGGUCAGCUUCAUUCCAAACUAAUUGGUAUCAUUACGACGAGAGACAUCCAGUUCCACCCAAAUGCAGAUGAUUCGGUGACUGAGGUCAUGUCGAAAGACUUGAUCACCGCUCCAUCUGGUACCACCCUUGCAGAAGCCAACGACGUCCUCCGGAAGUCAAGAAAAGGCAAGUUGCCCAUCGUCGACGCGGAGGGCAACCUGGUUUCUCUCCUCUCACGUUCCGACCUCCUCAAGAACCUCAACUUCCCCCUCGCUUCCAAGUUGCCACAUUCCAAACAGCUUAUCGCAGCCGCUGCGAUUGGUACCAGACCAGAUGACAGGAACCGAUUGCAGAAACUGGUGGAUGCCGGCCUGGACGUUGUGGUUCUGGAUAGUAGUCAAGGAAACAGCAUGUACCAGAUCGACAUGGUCAAAUACAUCAAGGAGAAGUACCCGCAGCUCGACAUCAUCGCUGGAAAUGUGGUGACUCGGGAACAAGCUGCGAAUCUGAUCGCUGCUGGCGCCGAUGGCCUGAGAAUUGGCAUGGGUAGCGGCAGCGCUUGCAUCACGCAAGAGGUCAUGGCUGUAGGCCGUCCCCAAGCCACAGCUGUGCAUGCUGUGGCAUCUUUUGCUGCAAAGUUCGGCGUCCCCUGCAUCGCGGAUGGUGGCAUCCAGAAUGUCGGGCACAUCGUCAAGGGCAUCGCAAUGGGCGCCUCGACGGUCAUGAUGGGUGGUCUCUUGGCCGGUACCACUGAGUCACCAGGUCAAUCAUACAUCAACCGAGAAGGUAAGCUUGUCAAGGCUUACCGUGGGAUGGGCAGUAUCGAUGCUAUGGAGGACAAGAAGGCCGGGGGUGGAGUCAAAAACUCCAAGACCAACGCAGGAACAGCGCGCUACUUCUCGGAAAGUGACCGACUGCUGGUCGCUCAAGGUGUUUCAGGAUCUGUUCUGGAUCGUGGUUCUGUCACCAAGUUCGUACCCUACCUAUUGGCUGGCCUCCAGCAUUCGAUGCAAGACAUCGGCGUCAAGAGCCUAGUCGAGCUUCGGGACGAGGUGAACAGCGGCAAGGUGCGAUUUGAGCUCCGGACUGUCAGUGCUCAAGCGGAGGGAAAUGUCCACGGUUUGGACAGCUUCGAGAAGAAGCUCUACUCAUAA